AUGACAACAGAGGUCAAAGAGAUUCUGAAGGCUAGGUAUGAUGAGGGUAAGGGUUGCCUGGCUGAUCCAGUGUGUAAUAUCGAUCCUCCAGUUCCAGAAGACCUAGGGAUUUCUACGGUAAGAGAAUUGCCAUAUGUGACCCAAGACUCCUCCUAUGACUUCCUAGAGGACAGUGGGGCCAAUGUGGAGAGCAGCCCCCAAGAGGAAGUGAAGCAGAUCUUGGCCAUGGAGCCUCUCCCCUCGAAGCCGGCUCCAGGCAAAGGGCCGGCAGGCGACGAGCCCGAGCCUUCAGCAGGGCUCCGGGAGGAAGCGCCAGAGCGCAGCACCGACAUGGAUCUGGAGAAGGUGAGGAUGGAGUUUGAACUGACCAGGUUGAAGUGCCUGCACGAAGAGAACGAACGUCAGCGGCAACACGAGGAGACCAUGGAGCAGCUGCACCUGCAGGCACCUCCUCGGCUGUUCCCAGGAGGAUUCCAAGACCUCCUGCUCCCCCAGAAUCAAUUUGCCAUGUUCCUGUAUUGCUUCAUCUUCAUUCACGUCAUCUACGUCACCAAAGAGAUGAUUUUCUUCCUCUUCACCAAACAUUACCUCUUCUGCAUUGCUGCCAUUCUGCUCUGUUUGAUUAAAACCUUGUGGUCUUAUGUCCCCGUGCCCCCCUGCUCUACCCACCUGAUGGUCCACCAUGGAAACUUAACUUUCAAGUAG